CGUCACUCCUCCUCUGCCUUUCUCUCCACCUCCUCCUCCGCCGCCGCUACUGCAGCCGCUUACCCCUCCCACCCGGCCCCCCAAACCUCCCCAUCAUCGGCGCCCUCUCCUUCAUCGGCCCCAUGCCCCACUCCGGCCUCGCCCUCCUUGCUCGCCGAUACGGCCCCAUCAUGUUCCUCAAGAUGGGCAUCCGCAGCGUCGUCGUCGCCUCCUCCGCCGCCGCCGCUCGAACCUUUCUCAAAACCUUUGACUCCCACUUCUCCGACCGCCCCUCCGGCGUCAUCUCCAAGGAAAUCAGUUACAACGGCCAGAACAUGGUCUUCGCCGAUUACGGCCCCAAGUGGAAGCUCCUCCGCAAAGUCUCCAGCCUCCAUCUCCUCGGCUCGAAGGCCAUGUCUCGCUGGGCCGGCGUGCGGCGCGACGAGGCCUUGUCCAUGAUUCAAUUCUUGAAGAAACACAGCGAUUCGGAAAAGCCGGUUCUGCUACCAAAUUUGUUGGUUUGUGCCAUGGCGAAUGUGAUUGGGAGGAUCGCGAUGAGUAAAAGAGUGUUUCACGAGGACGGGGAGGAGGCGAAGGAGUUUAAGGAGAUGAUUAAGGAGCUGUUGGUGGGGCAGGGGGCUUCGAAUAUGGAGGAUUUGGUGCCGGCGAUCGGGUGGUUGGAUCCGAUGGGAGUGAGGAAGAAGAUGCUGGGAUUGAAUCGGAGGUUUGAUAGGAUGGUGCGUAAGUUGCUGGUGGAGCACGCUGAGACUGCAGGGGAGAGGCGGGGGAACCCGGAUCUGCUGGAUCUUGUUUUGGCUAGUGAGGUUAAAGGUGAGGAUGGAGAAGGGCUUUGUGAAGAUAAUAUUAAGGGCUUCAUCUCUGACCUAUUCGUGGCGGGGACGGACACCUCCGCCAUAGUCAUAGAGUGGGCGAUGGCGGAAAUGCUUAAAAACCCAUCAAUCCUCCGACGAGCACAAGAAGAAACCGACCGCGUCGUCGGCCGCCACCGCCUUCUCGACGAAUCCGACAUACCAAACCUCCCCUACCUCCAAGCCAUAUGCAAGGAAGCUCUCCGAAAGCACCCUCCAACGCCGCUCAGCAUACCGCACUACGCCGCCGAUCCCUGCGAGGUGGAAGGCUACCACAUUCCCGGCAAGACUUGGCUGCUCGUCAACAUAUGGGCCAUUGGGCGGGACCCGGACGUGUGGGAGAACCCGCUGGUGUUCGACCCGGAGAGGUUUCUGCAAGGGAAGAUGGCGAGGAUCGAUCCGAUGGGAAAUGAUUUCGAGCUCAUACCGUUCGGAGCCGGGCGGAGGAUUUGCGCGGGGAAGCUAGCGGGGAUGGUGAUGGUGCAGUAUUAUUUGGGAACGUUGGUGCAUGCCUUUGAUUGGAGUUUGCCGGAAGGGGUUGGGGAGCUGGACAUGGAGGAAGGGCCGGGGUUGGUGUUGCCGAAGGCUGUGCCGCUAGCGGUGAUGGCGACGCCGAGGCUGCCGGCGGCGGCUUAUGGGCUUAAUUAAGGGAGAACGAAUUUAUGUUGAGAUUAAGCAUAUAAGUUCAAGUGAAUUGUGAAAUAAAUUACGUUAGAAUAUUUUUAUAUGAUUUUUUUUCUUGGUUAAAAUUAGGGAGAUUUUUCUUUAUGUACGAAUUAAACUAUUAAAUAUAAAUAAAGAAUAAUCUCUUGCAAUGUUGAAAGAAUUUGAACA